UCAUGGUAUAAAUAUGAAAAUGAGAAAAAACAUUCUGCGCGAAUAUUUAAUUUUGAUACGAUCAAUGAACAAGACAUCAUGAGUCGAACAUUAAAUGAAACUCAUAAGCUCGCUCUCCCAGAGAAAAGUGAAUAUUGUACAUUAAAAACUAAAGAAGAAAUUUUAUUAUGUUCAGGAGUAAGUGAAGAAAAUAAUUCUGAAACUUUAAUUGAUCCGAGACAAAAUGCUACAAGAAUUCUUAAGACACCUAAUAAUCUCGUCAAGGAUCAUAGAUACACAUCUGAAUUGAAAGUUCAUGAACAUAAAAUAAUGUUCGGCAUGUUAAAAAGCAACAUCAAACAUAAUCCCAGAAUUAAUAAUAUUAGUCAUCAACAAUUUCGAAAAAUAUCUCAAACACCAACAGCAGCUUUAAUAGAGAAACACAAAAUAGAAGUAAUGCAAUUCAAUAAAUGUGCUGAAAUAUUCUUCUAUCGUCAUAUGAAUGAACUAAAUGAUCUUUUAUCAGAAGACAUGAAAGUUUUUCUCAUUGAUCAUUGGCAAAGAAUUGAAGAUCUUUCAAUCUUUCAAGUUGUAACAAAACUUCUUUUAAACAAAACUCUGAACACAAUAGAAAUAAAAGUGGAACAUUUGAACUCUGAGAGUGAAAUAAACUCAUCACCUUACACGAUAAUUGAAGAAUAUUUCCCAAUAAUAAAUCGAUUGUCAUCAGAGGACUUGAAAUUUUAUUGUCAACUUAAUGAAAUCUAUAAAUCAGAAAUGAUCUUUUAUCCAACAUCUGACAUUAAUCUGUCAGUUGAUUUGUUAUCGAAACUUUUUUCUGAUGAAACCUUUUCAGUUCGCUUUGACAAUUGCAUUAAUAGAGAUGGUUUUAAGUUUUGUAAUUUUGAUAAACCUUUACCGCUCAAAUCUGUUGAGAUACAACAGGCACUUGAAGAAAUAGUAAAACUAAAAAUUUAUAUGAUGAUCGAUUGGAGUAUAAUGGAUGGUUUCAUACAAAUAUCUGAACACAAAGAAGAAGUUUUCAGAGCAGAAACUAUCAGCAAUCAACUUAAAAAACUGUUCCUAAUGUUCAGAAAGCGUGCUGGAAACAAUAAAAAGAAUCAUCUGUGGAAAAUAAACAACGACGGUCAAAAUUACAUUCUCAACGUCAGACAACCAAACGUUUAUUUCAUGAUGGAUAAGGAAAUUCUUCAACCUGUGAAUAUAUCAGUUAAACUUGAAUAUCAAACAAAUUUUGGUGCUGAAAAAAUGACGAGCAAUGAAUUGAUAAAAGAAUGGUGCACAUUAAAAUUUACUUCUUCUUCCAAUAUCAUUCGUUAUCGUAUUGACGCAAAAACCUUAGAAGUACUCUCUAUGACAACUGUCAAUAUUGAGGAAAUUGAAAAGGAAUUGAAGAAAAAUUAUAACAUUAAUCCGAGUGAUUUGAUUGUCAAUCUCAUAAAUGUCUUUGGUUGCAUUAAAAGAUUACCUGAAGGAGAAUACUUGAUUCAAGCUAUAAAUGAAGACACUUGGAAAAAUAUGUACAUUUAUAGAAAAAGUACUUCGGGCAAGAAUUUCUCGGACAAACCAUGGGAGAUAAAAAAGGUUUUUACUUCCAAGUGGACCCCCAUCGAUGAAGAGACUCCUACAUUUAUUCACAUUCCUAAUCAUAAUGCUCCAUGUUGCUUUCAACCUUCGUGUGAUAGCAAAUAUCGAGUACGAUACUUUUCAAAGCCAGAAAAACGAGCUCAAACUAAAAAUAAACUUGAUAAAGUUCAGAAAACUUUAAAUGCCAUCAGGAACCUUCAAAUGCCAAACAAAAGAGUUGGAAGUAAAAAUAAAGUUGAUAAAGCCCAAAAAUCCUUUACUAAACCAUUACUGAUUCCUGAAAACAGAAAAGCAAAAACUAACAGUAUGCCUUCUCUCGGUCAAAAAGUCUUCGGAUACUUCAGACAAUUAUCCUUUAUCGCUGAGCCGCGAGAGGAAAUCAAACCAAUUAAUCAAUGCUUCAUCACAAAAUACUUGGAAACAAGUGGCGCCGAACCAACGCAAGUUAAUGGGCCUUCUAUAAAAAUCUGCAGUGGCAAGCAACCAACGGAUUUACCAGAACUAACAUUAUCGAGUUAUGAGUAUGGACAAAAUUCAGCUAAGAUUGCAUUGACAGGUCCUAAUGAAGGUCACACCUACGUUCACCGUUCUCGACUUCACCUGAGUGCUGGUGGUGACAUUGAUUUCAUUGAUGACAAAGAUGAAGAAGUUCGUCAUAAUCCAAAAAAAUUUCCGCGUAAACUCUCAACUGUUAGUCGAAAAAGCACAAGUUCUCACGAAACGGCAAGCUUAAUGCCAUCAGAUUUCAAGAAAGCAACAGAUGAAGAAAACAACGAAUCAAAUCAUCUCAUCGCAGAUGUUUCUCAUUGGAAUAUGACGUCGACAGAUCAGGGACAUGGCAUAGCAAUCUCUCUUUAUGAAAAAAAUCCCAUUACAAAUGAGCACGCAGGAAAUCCAAUUGCUGAUUGUUAUGGUUUAGUUGCGAGAAAAAAUUCAUGUAUGAUGGCAAUGGCUGAUGGUGUUAAUUGGGGAGAAAAGGCACGACUGGCAUCAUGUGCAGCAAUUCAAGCUUCUUUGGAGUACCUUACAAGAGCUUUAUUUAGUCCUGGCAACACAGCAAAAAAUACUCGCGAAGUAUUUGUCAGCUUGUUGCGAAGUUUUUGGGAGGCUCAAGAUUUUAUUCUGGAAGUUAAUGGACAUCUGACAACGUUGACAGUUUGUGUGAUUCUCCCACUGAGUGAUGAAGAAGUCAACAAAAAUAAAUACGUGAUUUGUGCAUGUAAUGUUGGUGAUUCACUUGGAUAUGUUUACAGUAGAACUCAUGGUGUUCGUGAAUUUACUCAAGAAGAACUCAUAGAUUCACACGAUAUAACAAAUAAUCGUGAUAUGCGUGACGCUCUUGGAGCUCUCGGACCAGUUGAUGGAAAUAAACCAGAGCUUAGCAAUCUUACCUUGUCCCUAACAAUAGUCGAGAAAGGUGACAUUGUUUAUCUUACAUCCGAUGGAAUAUCAGAUAAUUUUGAUCCAGUUGUUGGAAAGUUUGCCGAAGCAGAGCCAGAAGUUACUGAAACUACUACGCCAGUAACAGAAGUUACAAAAGCUGAACUUGCACCAAAGAGACAAAAUAAGAGUGCAUCAAGUUUGUAUCCGAAAAGACCUCAAGCUUCGUCAUCAUCAUCAUCAUCGUCAACUAAAGCGUCAGUUUCUUUUCCAAAUUCUGACAUUCCAGUUCGACCACCACGAAGUAAAAAAGCUGCUUUGACUUCAGCUGUAAUUAGCAAUCCAAUGCCGGUUACCGAUCAAUUACCACUUCGACCAAAAUAUACACGUUCAAAGACACUCAUCGAACCUCGUCAUUCCUCGAAAUCAUCACCACAAAUACGAAUAAGAAAAUCACCCGCUGGCUUACCAAUUGUGUCAGCCUAUCAACGACAUGCAUUGACCCUUUUGAGAAUGUCUGAUCUCUUCUGUUACGGCAUUAAUGGAACACUUCGUCCAUGUACAAAUGCAAAAAAAUUGUGUAGCUUAUUGAUUGAUUUCACUCGAAUGAUAACAUCAGCGAAACGAAAAUUGUUGGAACAACGUGAAUUGUUCUGGAAAAUUUCUUACGAUGCCAAUGGUCAAAGAAAGGAAGUGGAAAUGACUCGAGUACAACAACGUGUUGCUAGAAAACGAAUGGUUGAUUCACAUUUCAGUUCAUUGCCAGGAAAAUUGGAUCAUGCAAGUGUCGUCGCAUGGACUGUUGGCAUUGAAGAUGGCAACAUUACUAAUAACAAUAAUGAUAUUUUGCUUGAUCCAAAAGCAAAAACUCUCAGCAUAUUAAUGGCUAGAGUUAGAAAUGAUUUUCGAAACGGUAAUUAUAACGAGAGAAGAGUUAUAACGAGAGUUAAUUAUAACGAGAGUCCACUGUAUAAUAGAGCGGGAAAGACUCGAUUAGCGAAAUGGUAUAUGAAUUUCGACGACGAUGAGAAACAGAAAUUAAUUGAAGAGGUUCACGCUGUUGUGACUGUAAGAGAUGCAAAGCAUACCAACUUUGUAGAGUUCCGAAACUUUAAAAUUGUAUAUCGUCGAUACGCUGGUCUGUACUUCUGUAUCUGCGUGGAUGUAAAUGAUAACAAUUUGUGUUAUCUCGAAGCUAUUCACAAUUUCGUUGAAGUUCUUAACGAAUAUUUCCAUAAUGUAUGUGAAUUAGAUCUGGUAUUCAACUUUUAUAAGGUCUACACAGUUGUAGAUGAAAUGUUCUUGGCUGGUGAAAUUCGUGAGACAUCACAAACCAAAGUUCUCAAGCAACUACUGACAUUAAACUCUCUCGACUAAAAUGACAGCCAUUUAUCCAACGCAACAUAUAAAUUCCAAUAAUAAUUAUUAUAAUCUCACAUAUUGUUGAAUAAGGAAAUCUGCGUUAAGUUAAUCAUCAAAAAUAUGCUUAAUUUUAUUUAUCUUGUAAAAUCAUCAAUCGAUUUAUUGCAAUAAUAAUAAAAAGGUUUAAAAACAUUGUAUUAAAAGCAAA